UAGUAACAGCUGACAAAAAGCUGCAGAGUUUCUUACACUCACCUCUCUCCGGGAGCAGUGGUCUUACAGUGAAUCACCUCAGAGUAGCACCAUGCAGAAUCGCUUCCUGAUAGUAGGACUUCUCUCUGUCUUAUUGGUGGGGCUCACCCUGUUCCUGGGUCUAUAUUUUGGAUUACGUACCAGCUCGUCUGCCAAUGAAGGAGUCUACGAGAGGGCAGCUGUGGCCGCUGAUGCUGCAAAAUGCUCAGAAAUUGGAAGGGAUAUUUUGAAGGAGGGUGGCUCAGCGGUUGAUGCUGCUAUUGCUUCACUCUUCUGUGUUGGGCUCAUGAAUGCGCACAGUAUGGGUAUUGGAGGUGGAGUAAUCCUGACGAUUUAUGAUUCUAAGACAGGAAAGACUGAAGUAAUAAACGCCCGUGAGACUGCGCCAAAAAAUGCCACAGAGGGAAUGUUUGGCAACAGUACAGAUUUAUCCCAGAAAGGUGGUUUGUCCAUUGCAAUUCCUGGAGAGUUACGUGGAUACCAGCUGGCACAUGGGCUUCAUGGCAAGUUGCCUUGGAAACGGUUAAUUGAGCCCAGCAUCAAGUUGGCACAGGAAGGGUUUCCAGUAGGGUUGGGGUUGUCCCAGGGCCUGAAUUCAAGCAGCAGUACCAUUGAGAAGGAUCCAGCUCUCUGUGAGGUGUUCUGUGGUGCAGAUGGGAAGGUGUUACAAAUGGGAGAUACUGUGAAGUUGCCUAAAUUGGCUCACACUUUGCAAGUCCUGGCCAAUGAGGGAGCUGAUGCUUUCUACACAGGUUCUCUAUCCAAACAAGUGGUGAAAGACAUACAGAAUGCAGGGGGCAUCAUCACUGAGGAGGAUCUGAGUGGAUAUCAGCCAGAGCGUGAACAGGAACCGCUCUCCUACCAGCUUGGAGAUUACACAUUGAUUAGUCCUAGUGCUCCACUGAGUGGCCCUGUUCUGGGCCUUAUCCUCAAUAUUCUAAAAGGUUUCCAUUUCACUAGUGAGAGUGUGAAGACAGAGAGUGCACGGGGGUUGACUUACCACCGUAUUCUGGAAGCUUUCCGCUUUGCUUAUGCAAAGAGAACACUAUUGGGAGACCCAAAAUUUGUCAACAUAUCUGAGACUAUACAAAACUUAACCUCUAAUUACUUUGCUGAAUCUCUGAGACAAAAAAUUACAGACAACACUACUCAUCCACCUGAAUAUUAUGAACCAACAUUCUACACACCGGAUUCCCAUGGCACUGCCCAUUUGUCAGUGGUAGCCGAGGAUGGUAGUGCUGUUGCAGCCACCAGCACCAUCAACUUGUACUUUGGAUCCAAGGUUCGAUCUAAUAUCACUGGGAUAAUUUAUAAUGAUGAGAUGGAUGAUUUUAGUUCUCCGCUCAUCGUCAAUAAUUUUGGGGUACCUCCGUCACCGGCAAACUUCAUUAGACCAGGAAAGAGACCACUUUCGUCAAUGUGUCCUGCCAUAUUGCUGAACAAGGACAAAAAAGUACACAUGGUGGUUGGAGCUUCUGGAGGGACAAAAAUUACAACAGCAACUGCCCUAGUUAUUAUUAACUCACUAUGGUUUGGAUACGAUAUAAAGAGAUCUGUGGAGGAAGCCCGGGUGCAUAACCAGUUGUUCCCCAGUGUCAGCCAGCUGGAAAAUACAUUUGAUUCGGCUAUAGAUGCGCAGCUUUCUCUUCGUCUUCAUAAUGUUUCACGAGUAGCCAGAAGUGGAUCUGUGGUACAGGCAGUAGUAAGGACUGAGGGUAAAUGGGCUGCAGCUUCAGACUCAAGGAAAGGGGGGCAGCCAGCAGGAUACUGAAUUUCCACUGACCACUAGACUUCUGAACAGCAGUGUACUGGGAUGCACCUGUUCACCAGUGUUGCCAACAAAACAUUAAUGGACAUUUUACCUCAGGGACCAAAUAUGACUAUGAACUACAAAGGAAUUCCAAGAAUCUCUCUUCUGCUACUCAUUAUAUUGGGACCAGUCCAUUCUAGGCAUUUCAGCAUCUUUGACUACAUUGCUCAGGUGUUGGAAAUUUGAAAUUCCGGGCUUACCUACAAAAGCAGGUGGGCUGCAUGCCAUGAAUAUACCAGGAUGGAAUAUCACUGUCAUGUCCAAAGAGGGAAAUGUAAGGAGGACAACACCCUAAAUGCCACUCAAUGCUGUAGAUAAGCCUCACAGGAUUGGUUCAAUAUUAAUGGAGUGGUGUGCUCUUUUUCACAAGGGGAAAAGAUGAGUUUGGUCACUUAUUGCCUUGGAUGAAGUACUGCAUAGGAAUUAUUUUCAGGACUAGUUGGUAUGGGUUGCAGAGUAUGGGAGGUUCACUUUUUUCCGUCCAUUUAACUAAUAAUAAAUGAUUUAAGCCUUUUA